GCGCGGACAGUAGACAGUAGACUUAGACCAGUCUGUCUUAGCGUAGCGUAGUGACUCGUACAUUGUGUUAAAAAACAAUGAUUGGUGCGCCUAGGAUAAGGAGUGAUCACUCGGUCCCCACGCGCAACUGACAUGCGUACACCUCUUAGAUACGGUUCUGCGACUGCGUUAUGACUCGACGUUCACGCUGGCGCAGGAGGUAGUUUGACUGAUGGUUUACGUGGAUGUGACCUUGGGCAGUAGACAACAAGGGCGAUGGGAGGACGUUGGGCCAAGAAGGUAUUCUGCCUGGUGUUUGUCUGGGGAGUCGCCAUGGUCGCCUUCAUGAUCAUCUCCAACCACUACCCUCUAGCCAUCCAGCCCAACCUCGCGUCCCACGUCAGCAACAGUCGGUUCUUACUGACCAAGCUGGUACUACCUCCAGAAGCCACAGUCAGCACCACCAAGGCCUCCGACUUCUCUCUGGAGCCUCAUGUAGACAAGUCACCUGGAUUGUCGGAGGCUAUGAUCAUAGAUCAGGUCCAGCAGCGACUUCCUAGUCUCCCCAUCGCCUACUGGAACAAAUACAAGAAUAAAAACUUGUUCUACAAGAAUGAAAGCUGUGCCAAAUACCCUAGUAUUUUCGAAUUAGAGUUUAAUAAUAUUUACUGGCAAACACUGCACACAUCUAACGGUACGUUUCAUUUUUAUGGCGCUUAUUACGACGUGAGGAAAAUGAGCAAGAUAGGUCCUUCAGUGAGAAUACUUGGUAUGAUUAACAGAAUAGAACCCACUGUGAAAACUUACUGUCAGUUUUGGUUUGAGAACCACAAAGAACCGGUGUUCGUCAAAACUAUGGAGUAUAAGUAUAUUUGGUAUAAAAAAUGGGGUAAUUACAAACAAGGGAUAUUUCAGCCUUAUUUGAUCGCAUGCCAAAUUCCUCAAGCUUUCCAUAAAAUGGUGCCCGCCUCGGUGUCUGUUGUGGAAAAAAUAUGUGAUAUUGCCAGUAACAACUUGAGGGUAAUUUACAACAAACCGGAGAAGAAAAAAGGUUUUGCGGUUUGUGUUAAGGGCUUAGACUUUCUGUACGACGACCUGUCAGUCAGACUGAUAGAGUGGAUUGAACUUCUCAGCGUUUUGGGAGCUGAGAAGAUUUUCUUUUACGAACUUCAAGUUCACCCAAAUAUCAGCAAAGUCUUGAGAUAUUACCAAUCCGUUGGAAAAGUAGACGUGGUUCCACUGACAUUGCCAGGAGGUCAACCCAAUAUCCCGGGGUUCCAACACUUGUACCUCACCAAGAAGGUGAACCACAAGCGUCAAAAUGAACUGAUACCGUACAAUGACUGCUUGUACAAAAAUCUAUAUUCCUACGAAUACAUCGCUCUAUUGGAUAUAGAUGAAGUUAUAAUGCCUAUGAAAGAAAUGUCCUGGAGAGGUCUUAUGGACACAGUUCUUCCUAAGGCUCUGGCAGUUAAGAACGAAACAAGGGCGUCAUACAAUGUACGGAACGUCUACUUCUUAGAUGACCUUCUCCACGAACACGGUUGGUUCAAAGACAUUCCUCGCUAUACGCAUAUGCUGCAGCAUGUCUACCGCAGCAAAAACUUUACGAAACCGAAUCAAUACGUGAAGUGUUUUCACAACCCAGAAAGAGCUUUGACACUUCACAACCAUUUCCCACUGGCAUGCUUGGCUUCAGGAUGCACUUCCUACGCAAUUGAAGUCGAAGAUGCUCAAUUACAACAUUAUCGUGCCGACUGUGUGCGGACUUUGAAGAAAACGUGUAACGAAUAUAGACAUAAUAGUGUAAUCGACACCACAAUAUGGAAGUUUAAAGAUGUUUUAAUAGGUAGAGUAACUGACUCCCUUAGGACACUGGGGUACUUCAGUGUUAACGGUGGGGUUACUUGAUUCAUGAUAUACAUGAACUACAGUGAAGUAAAUAAGCCGUCCACUCUUAAAGUAGACUUUGAAAAACUGAAUUAUUUUAUGUAUUUAUUUUAAACUAGAUGUAUUUAGACAAAAGGCUCUAAGUCAGAAUUGGUGAUUUAGGUUUUUGUAAGAAAAGCAGACUUACCUGUUCAUUGACGAGCUUUGCUGGUAAAAAGAAAGAGAAAACCUAUCGUAUUAAAAUGGGAUAUUUUACCAGAGUAAUUGUUUCAAUUGCGAAAAGUUAUAGGUACUGAAUCAUUAAGAACAAAGUAUUUGCUAUUCCCAAUGUAUUAGCCAUGAUAUAUCUUAACUUUAUUUUUUUCUUGUUGCUGCAAUUUUGUGAGCUAAGCUAAUAAAUGUCCAAGUAAGCCAACUGCUAUUAAAAAACUAGGUGCUGUGAUUUUAUCUGCCCUUUUAAACUGGUAAUUUUGAUUUGUUUUGACAUGAUUUUAAUGUUAAACACUUGAUUGCCAAAACAAUAUGUUCGCUCUUAAGAAUUACAUUUAAUUUUAAGGUUAUUUGCAUAAAUUAGGCCUAAGACAGCAUAUUUACCUUUCAGUUGAUUUGAUCACAGAUCUGUGAUUUGAUACAUCCAUAUUAUCUUUUUAAUUCAUAUUUAUCUCCAAAAAACUAUAUUUUGAAGAUCAUACUUUUUGAUUCCUCAUUUUUUAGAUUGGAAACUCGAAUGAUAAAUUUAACUUUUCUAAGACCUUAUUCAUGUUUAAUACAGUUGUAAGAUUAAAGAGUGAUUUAAUAAUCUUGUGGGAUCAUACGUCAUACAUGUGAAGGUGGGCUCAUAUUCUAUUUCCAUAAGAAAUUACUAGUCCCUUCCUUAGAAGUAAAGAAAAUAUAUUUAACUUGCUAGAUAUACUACAAACUAAUUUAUGCUUGGAAACUUGAUACAGCAAACCCUUGAUUAUAAACUCCUUUGAUAAAGAAUGUUCUGUUAAAAUCUUGAAAUUACAACACCAUUGUACUUUAGCAUGUAGCAAGCUUCGAGAAGUUGUUUUUCUCAAUUUUAAUGUGAAUAGCUCUAGAUGGAAAAGUUGAAAAUAUGCAUAAGGUAUUUAAAAUCAAAAACCAUGUUAUAUUUUAGACUAAAGUAUAUUAUCAAUGACAUGCCAUAUAAAAAUAAAUGUUAUGUAUACAAAUUAUGGAAAUGUACCCAUCUGAUUUACGUUGUGUUUUUAAAUUCAUAUUGUGUUAAUAAUAUUAAUUCACCUAGACCAGCGGUUCUCAAACUUUUUGGUCUAGUGACUCACCGCCACCUUAGAAUUUCUUCUCACGACCCACAUAUAAAAUAAUAUUGAUAGGCUAUAAUUAUUUAUCACUAGCAGAAUACCCUUCUUUGUAGACUUAUAAAUUGCUUAUUGCAGUAUACUCGACUCGUGCUUUGUGUUUUCAAUGGGAUAGGACACGGUUUGAGAUAAUUUGGUUCUUUUAAAAUGUUUUACACACCUAAACAAUAAAAAAAAGUAUAUGAUAGAAUAUUCGCAAAAAAUUUAAAAAAAUUAUAAUAAACUAAAAACAUAAGCUUCACUGUAAACAAUCCUACUUUGACAGUUAUCAUUGUGUAUUACAGCUUUUUGUUGCUGCUUGGUUCAAAUUAGCUGUUGUCAUAAAUGCAAAAAUAUUAAUGAUAGACCAAUUUUAUCAUGUACACUAAAAAACACACAACUAUAUGGAAACUGUGAGGAUAAUGUUAUUGAAAAUACAAUAUCUAGUCCAAAACACUAUUAUUUGUGAAACUUUAUAAAUUAUUUAGAACUAAAGUUUAGGUGUAUUAUAUUUACAAGAUACUUAAUCUGUAUUGAAUGUUGACAACUACUGAGGCAUUUUCCAUACAUAGCCUAUAUUCCUGUAUUUAUUUUUAAUAAUAAUGCUCUUUCACACAAAUAUUUGUUUUACUACUCAAUAAUUAGCUCUUAAUUAUACUACUGCAUUUACAAAAUUUAUUUUUAUCGGUGUUCCUCUCCACGUGUUUUAAAUACCUAUAUAUAACUACAACUCAUGGGAUAUUUUUUAUAAUUCUGCAGUUUAAUUUAAAGAUGGAAAUAAUUUGUCUUAAAAUAUGUUGAAUUUUCUUUAUAUUCUUAGAAUAGUAGGGGUUUGCUGAAGGUUUUGGGCCCAGUAGGCCUUCUAUUAUAAAUGUACCUAACUUAGGGUCACGUUUAAAAUAAACAAUCCAAUAUCUAGUAUUUGCAAAAGAUAAUGAUAUAGGCUAAUAAAAAAGAACCUGAUGUAAUAGCUAACACUUUCUUCAUGAACUUCUUCAUAAACAAAUCUUUGUAAAGGGAGGUGUUUAAAAGGAAUUGUUGACAAUUUAACUUAGGCUUCCUGUUGAUUUAAAUUCUUUGCUUUGGGGGUCAUAAACUGUCAAAACCGUUAGGUAGGCCCAGUGCUGCUUGACUCCCCAGAGCGUAAGAGUGAUUCAGGGGAGGGGUGUAGUGGGCAGGAUGUAAUGGAGACUGAUGGGUACAGUUUCUAAACUGAGCUACCCUAAUAUAAAUUGAAAAUAUUGAUUCGAUUGUUCAACCCUCAUUCAAUUUUUUCAUAAUCAGCAGGUUUGGUUAGGUUAGGUAACCUGGUACUAUUUUGGUGCUCGACAGACCGUUCCUGUAUUAAACGUUUUUGAGUCAUAAGAAAAAGAUUUUUGUUUUUGCUCUUAUCAUGCGACCCACCGUAUAUGCUGCCGCAGUGGGUCGCGACCCAUAGUUUGGGAACCGCUGAGCUAGACUAUUACUUUAUUAAAGUUGGUCUAUGGCUUUCUGCUGGGAUUAUAUGAUGGUUUAGAAUCAUCGUGUUCAUUGUAGUUGUAUCCACUUAGUAACCAGGAAAAAGAGUCUUUAUCAUAUUAAUUUCAAAAAUUUAUACGGAUUAUAUUUUCAACUACUGUUAUUAUUUUUUUCUGAUUAUACUACAUUUAAAAGGCUUAGAAGUGUAAAAAAGAUGUUAUUGGAUAUCAAAAUAAAAAUAUAUGACUAAAAACUGAGAAAAACUAUUUUGCUUUUAUUCUUUAAUGUAAAGACUGAGAAAUAACAUAAUACUGAUUGAAACAAAAGAUUUAAAACUAUUUUAUUAUCUUAUUUAGUUAGAAAAAAGUCAAAAGUUUUAAGGAAGUAUUUGAAAACUGCUCAAAAGUAAAUUACUUUAUCAAUUUGGAAUAGAAAUAUACCAUAGAAUUUAAGACUUUGUUUUAUUUGCGUGAUUUAGUAUAGUUUGGUAUAAUGUAAAUUUGAAUAUUGUUAGCGUAACCGAAUUGUAUGUAAUAUUUAUUAAAAUGAUUAUUUUAGUAUACUUUCUGUGAUUGUGUGAUUUAUUUUACCUUGUAUCAAGAGAAAUAAAGAAUUUUAGAGUGCUGUA